AUGGGCGACGAAUUUUUUGGGCACAGACGAGGAGGAAGAGGAAAAGGGCUGCUGAUUGGUUCGUUGUGCGGCGGCGCACCGGCGCAGGCGCAGGGGAUUGAACAGCUUUCGAGCAGCCGCCAAAGCUUCUCGACUGGGAUUCUUCCUUCUCUUGGCGCUAGAAGCAAUCGCACCAUAAAGCUUCGAUCUUUCAUCAUCUCACCCUAUGACCGUCGUUAUAGAGCAUGGGAGACUUUUCUUGUUGUUCUUGUUGUCUACACGGCCUGGGUUUCGCCAUUCGAGUUUGGUUUUCUCGAAAAACCUCAGGGACCUCUUUCAAUCAUGGACAACGUGGUUAAUGGCUUUUUCGCCAUUGAUAUCAUCUUAACAUUCUUUGUGGCUUAUUUGGAAAAGAGCACUUACCUUCUUGUGGACGACCCGAAAAAGAUUGCUUGGAAAUACACGACUUCUUGGCUCGUGUUUGACAUUAUAUCCACAAUCCCUUCCGAACUCGCUCGUAAAAUCUCCACCUUCCGUUUUUAUGGCUUAUUCAACAUGCUCCGUCUCUGGCGUCUCAGACGAGUCAGCGCCUUGUUUUCUCGACUGGAGAAGGAUAGGAACUUCAACUACUUUUGUGUUCGGUGCGCAAAGCUUAUAUGUGUUACCUUGUUUGCUGUUCAUUGUGCCGGUUGCUUUUAUUAUGUGCUGGCGGCUCAUUACCCCAACCCCUCGAAUACUUGGAUUGGAGUAGGCUUUCCCGAUUUCCUUAGGCAGAGCCUAUGGACUCGUUACGUAAUGUCAAUAUACUGGUCAAUCACAACUUUGACUACUGUUGGGUAUGGUGAUUUGCAUGCACAAAACACGAGGGAAAUGUUAUUCUGCAUUUUGUACAUGCACUUUAACUUGGGGCUCACGGCAUACAUAAUUGGAAACAUGACGAAUUUGGUGGUACAUGGGACUAGUAAGACGAGGCGAUUUGUGUCGGAAAUGAGGGCCGAAUAUUUCGCUCCGAAGGAAGAUGUGAUUUUGCAGAAUGAGGCCCCCACGGACUUCUAUAUAAUUGCCAAUGGGGCAGUGGUUGUUGGGGAGGCCAAAUCCGGCGAACUUUGUGGUGAGAUUGGUGUACUUUGCUAUAGGCCUCAAUUGUUCACGGUUCGUACGAAAAGGUUGACCCAGCUAUUACGACUCAAUCGUACAACAUUCCUGAAUAUUAUUCAGGCCAAUGUUGGAGAUGGGUCAAUAAUAAUGAGUAAUCUCUUACAGCACUUGAAGGAUUUAAAGGACCCAAUAAUGGAAGGAGUUUUGUUAGAGACGGAGAACAUGAUUGCUCGGGGGAGAAUGGACCUACCCCUCACUCUAUCUUUUGCAGCACUCAGAGGAGAUGAUCUGCUUUUGCAUCAAUUGCUUAAGAGAGGGUUGAAUCCAAAUGAGUUGGAUAAUGAUGGGAGGACUGCUCUUCAUAUUGCAGCAUCUCAAGGAAACGACAACUGCGUGCGUCUUUUGCUCGAUUUUGGAGCCAAUCCUAACAGCAGAGAUUCACAAGGGAGCGUCCCGAUGUGGGAGGCCAUCCUCAACGGCCACAAAACGAUAACCAAACUCUUGUCCGAAAACGGUGCCACACUCACCUCGGGCGACAUCGCCCAAUUCUCGUGCACGGCCGCCGAACAAAACAAUCUCGACGCACUAAACGAGAUUGUCCGUCUCGGCGGCGACGUGUCCCUUCCAAAUCACAACCACCGAACGGCCCUCCACGCCGCCGUCUGCGAGGGAAGCCACGAGACGGUCGAAUUCCUCCUCGACCGCGGGGCCGACCCCGACGCGCCUGACGCGGACGGGUGGACCCCACGUGACCUAGCCGAGCAGCAAGGCCAGGAAAACAUUCAAAAGCUCUUCGACUCUCACGAGACGCGAACAAAAGUCGAGCCCAAGACAAUAAUCUCGGAAAAGAGCCGUGGGGUGGGGUUCUUGGGGGGACACAAGAGCGAGCCGGCAAUGCCGCCGGCGGAGUCGUGGGGCGGUUCCCGACACAGGCGGCGGGCGGCGACGGGAAGUUUUCACAAUUCUUUGUUUGGGGUCGUCUCGGCUGCUGCACGUAACAGUUUAAAUCCUACUCCGGGGUUGAGGGUGAGGAUGAGCUGUCCCGAGAAGGGGGAUUUUGGCGGGAAGCUUGUGCUUCUACCAGAGAGUUUCGAGAAGCUUCUGGAAAUGGGGAGGUCGAGGUAUGGGGUUUUGAGGUGGAAGGUUUUGAGCGGAGAUGGGGCGGAGAUUGAGGGUUUGGAGGUUGUGAGAGAUGGAGAUCAUUUGGUUUUCGCGAGCGGGGAUGGGGAGAGGAUGGAUUGA